CUGAUCAAGUAUAUGGAGACCAAGAUAUGCAUGAAGUUGUUCGUAAACACUGCAUGGACUACUUGAUGAAGAAUGCAGACUACUUCUCGAACUACGUGACAGAAGACUUCACCACAUACAUCAACAGGAAGAGGAAAAACAACUGCCACGGGAAUCACAUCGAGAUGCAGGCUAUGGCAGAGAUGUACAAUCGGCCAGUGGAAGUUUACCAAGAGGGCACAGAACCAAUCAACACAUUCCAUGGCAUUCAUCAAAAUAAUGAUGAACCAAUCAGAGUCAGCUACCAUCGUAACAUUCACUACAACUCUGUGGUGAACCCCAACAAAGCCACAAUUGGAGUAGGCCUUGGACUUCCUGCUUUCAAACCAGGG